CCAGAGUAUUCUAUUGGAUAAAUAUUUCAAUUAGCGCGACUGGCUUUUUACUGCAGUGUUCUUGUUAUGAAACGGUUUCCCCUUUUAUAGCUAUUCAUAAUGUCUGGAGGAGGAGCAGCACUUCAGAAAGACCGUAACUUUAUUGCAGUUAUUGGUGACGAGGAUUCUGUCACCGGUCUCUUACUCGCCGGCAUUGGUAAUGUAAAUCAACAACAAAAGAGAAACUUCUUGGUAGUAGACGCUAAAACCCCUUUGAGCACUAUUGAAGAAACGUUUAUUGAAUAUACAAAGCGUAAAGAUAUUGCCAUCAUUCUGAUUAAUCAACAUAUUGCAGAAGAUAUUCGAGAACUAGUUGACGGACACAACCAAGCAUUCCCUGCUGUACUCGAGAUACCCUCCAAAGAUCAUCCUUAUGACCCUGAGAAAGAUAGCGUACUUAAGCGCGUCAGAAGACUGUUUGGCGAAUAAGAAAGCUAAAGAAGGUUUAUUCUAAUAAAAGAUACACAAAAAUCAAAAAGGAAGAUACAGAAAUACAAUAAAUAAGGAUUCUU